UUCUAUAUGAUGUAUUUGCAAAUCAAUUUUACACUUGUACAUUCGUUAACUCUUCCAUUUUUGCGUUUUCAUAAUUGUCCCAUCCUGGGAAAUAUUGAAUAGGCAUUUUAAUGGCAGGUUCCCGUUGUGGAAUAUUGCUCCAUGUUAUGGUUUAUAUAUAAUUUUUAUAGACUUUUUAAUGUUUGUUUUCACAGAAAUUAACUUUUACCCCACCCUACGAAAUAUUCGCUGGAGCAAAAAAAGUGUGACCAGCCUCGGUCUCCUGCUUCACAUUAACCGUCGUUGCCACAAGUUGGCGCACUGACUCCGAAUAUGAGCGCUAUAGUGAGCGUCCUUUUUUAAUUUAAAGUUACUUUUAAAUAUUUGGUAUCUAAAUAUAUUCUAAAUGAUAGAGUAAUGAUUAAUUGAAUUAUAAGCCAAAAUAAAUGAAACGAGUAUGAACCAAGUAUGUUUUAUUAAAGUUAAUAACCCUAAAUGGAAUCGAAUAAAGCAGAAACUUCCAAUUUUUUCCCCAAUUAGGCUACUUAAUUAGAUGAUCUCUGAGCUCUCCAAAGGCGCAUCUCUCCACAUGAACACCAUGUCCAGAGCUGAUGAAUUCUGUCAUGACAUCAGAGAGUUAAACAAAGACACACGAGGAGAGAGAAAGAGAGAGACGCUGUUGCACACUUGCGCACUGCGCGUAAAGGACACACACGUACCCAAACCCUCGCCGCGACUUGUUUCGCUCCUCGCCAAGGAAGAAACUUUUGUUUUGUCAAUGAAGUGGGCUUUUAUACGCGUACACCCCUCCGUUUCAACACCUACGGCUUGUCUUUGUACAGCGGUGACGGUUGAAUAUGUGUAAGAAGAGGCGGGCGUUCCUGUGGAAAUCUCCCACUGUUUUCUUCAGAUAAACAGCUUUAAUUUGGUAAUCUCUAAAAUGGAGCUGAGUGAAACGGGGAUUUAUAAAAGAGGAGCAGCUUUAUGUGAAGACCCCAUAAGACUGCGUUGAUCAUCUCAUGUGCCAUGAACAGAAGACCAGCUGCGCUUUGGAGUUUAAACUGGACUUUAUCUGAAGGUCCUGCACUUGUACACCUACGGAGACGGUCGCGAAUGCACUCGGUUUAGAGAUUUUGCGUUUAACUUCGAAUGUCCGCGAGUUUUUACGUCUAUUAGUCCGACUUUUACGCGUUGUGUUAUUUUAAGAGCGCAAAUCUAUUAUUAUGACAGGCUUUGGCUCAUGGAGCUUCUAUCCGAAUGGAUCUAGCGCAGGUUUGCGUUCCUCUUUAAAGCGGCUCUUAAGGUGGCUUUGAUGCACGAAGGAUCCUCCAAACUCUCGCAAUGGCUCGAUCAAACACGGAAUAUGGUCACAUCUCCUGGCUUGAGCCCAUCUGAUCUCGUUAGUCACUGAUCUGUCAGGUUUAGCGCGAUCAUGGUCUCCUCCGGCUGCGCUCUGAUGGUUCUGAUGGUCACUCAGGUGUUCUUUAGAGGCUCUAGUGGACUCGUUCCCCAGAUCGGCCGGUCCUCUCUGUCUCAGGACGUCCUACACGCGUUUGAACUUCGACUUCUGAGCAUGUUUGGACUCAAACACAGACCGAGUCCCAGCAGGUCUGCUGUGGUUCCGCAAUACAUGAUGGACUUGUACUCGAUGCACUCGGUGAACGCGGAGCAGAACAACAACAACAGACCCAAGGGCUCCUUAGGGAAAGCCUCGGAGAGAUCUGCCAGCCGCGCGAAUACUAUCAGGAGCUUCCACCAUGAUGAAUUCUUGGAGGACCUGUUCAGUUUGAGCGGAAAGACGACUCAGCGGUUCCUCUUCAACCUGACCUCCAUCCCGGGCGAGGAGUUGGUGACGUCAGCGGAGCUGCGGAUUUUCCGAGAGCAGGUCGUGAGCAACGGCAGCGAGGGAUUUCACCGCAUUAACAUUCACGAGAUCAUCAAACCAUCCGGUUCCUUUCAAGAACCCAUCACAAGACUCCUGGACACCAGGCUGGUUCAGCACAGCUUGAGCAAGUGGGAGAGUUUCGACGUGAGCCCCGCCGUCACGAGGUGGACCGCAGACGGGCACCCCAACCACGGCUUCGUGGUGGAAAUAGUUCACCCGGACCGCGCGGAAGAGGACUCCAAAAGACACAUCCGCAUCAGCAGGUCCCUGCACGACAGAGAGGACAAGUGGCCCCAAAUGAGGCCGCUGUUGGUGACCUACUGCCACGACGGGAAGGGAAACGUGUUGCACUCUCGCGAGAAGAGACAAGUGCGGACAAACAAACAGCGGAAGAAGCACAAAGCUAACUGCAGGAGACAUUCCCUCUAUGUGGACUUCAGCGAUGUGGGGUGGAACGACUGGAUAGUCGCCCCGCCGGGCUACCAUGCCUUUUACUGCCAGGGUGAGUGUCCGUUUCCACUGGCGGACCACCUGAACUCCACCAAUCACGCUAUUGUACAGACACUGGUGAACUCAGUGAACAGCAACAUUCCCCGGGCCUGCUGCGUUCCCACGGAC